AGGGUUUUUCUUUUGCUCUUGCUUUUUCUAGAAACAUGACAACAUCCUGGCUGUUGGAGUGGCGAGGGAAGGAGAGAGGGGCUGUGCAAGGAAGCGGAACAGGGAGGUCCCGUGGGCUGGGACGCCGGGGUCUGGGGCAGAGCAGGUAGUAGUAUGUAGCGUGGACAGCUGUCUCUGCGCCUCAGAGUGUCAGCGGCUGCUAUGCAGCAGGUGCAGACUGGUCUCUCGCUGAGUCUUGACUCCACACGCGCAACAACUGGCCAAGGCAGUGGCUGGCCCUGGAUUACACAAGCGCGCAGCCUCUCAACCCACUGAGCUGGAAGACCCAGGAGAAGGCCGGGCCUCAGGUGCCCACAUGAUCAGCACAGCCAGGGUGCCUGCAGAUAAGCCGGUGCGCAUCGCGUUCAGCCUCAGUGAUGCCCCAGAUGAUACACCGUCUGAAGAUGCCAUUCCUUUGGUCUUUCCAGAGUUAGAGCAGCAACUCCAGCCUCUGCCGCCGCGUCACGACUCCGUAGAAUCCAUGCAGGUGUUUAGGCAACACUGCCAGAUAGCAGAGGAGUACCAUGAGGUCAAAAAAGAGAUCGCCUUGCUUGAGGAAAGGAAAAAGGAGCUCAUUGCCAAGCUGGACCAGGCGGAAAAGCAGAAGCUGGAUGCUGCUCAGCUGGUUCGGGAAUUUGAGGCUCUGACGGAGGAGAACCGGACGCUGAAGAUGGCCCAGUCUCAGUGUGUAGAACAACUGGAAAAACUCAGAAUCCAGUAUCAGAAGAGGCAAGGGUCCUCCUAACUCUAGCCGAUGAUGAAAUGUGAGCAUACAAGGUUGCUGGCUGUUACGCGCUGGCCAGCAAAAUUUGUAUCUUAAAGGGACAGAGAGUAAAAUGUAUUGCUUCUCUUUAUUACCCACAUGGCAAAUGUCUAGAAUGAGUUUAGUGCUGACUCGCUUCCAGCUUGAGAGAGGGAUAUUUUAUUUUAAGCAAGGUCAUUAAUGCAAAGCUAUCACCAGUAUAUAUCUUCAGAAAUCAGAGUUCUUUUCCAAAGAUUUAUAUAUAUAUAUAUAUUUCUUAGUUAAAAAGAUAUGAUCAUAGUAUACAUUAAAGUAAAAAAUAGUAAAAGUGGAAUAUUGACUAGUCCCACUGAAAAUCAUAAGUCAUAAAACAAGCCAGUAGGAUGUUCACUGUAGUUUCACAGCUGUGCAUUUUAAAUUUUUAUGCCUUUUCAUAUUUCAAUGCUGCUCGACUAUAAACCAUAGAAAUUUCUUUCCACAUAGCUGAAGUUGGUAGAGUCAGAUGUAAUUCUUCAGUGGUUGAUUGUCCUAAGAAUAGAAGGUGGGUGGCAUUGCCGAAGUGCUUUCUCAUGAAAAUGUUAGCAGACAUUGUGUCCAUGCCCAAAGCUCACUGGCCAGUGCUGAUUUGCUGUGUAAUAAAGACUCAAGGCUGCCCUUCCUUCACUCCGUGUCAACACCCAGUGGCUACAUUUGCCUUGGCUGUGUGUGUCUUGGGGCUCUGGGCCUGGGGAAGGUGGGAAGAGGCUGUUCAGACACUCCCUGGUCUGUGUCCGUGGAAGAUCAGUGGAAUGACAUCACUAUUGUGGUCUUUGGGGUUUCCGGAAAUGUGCUAGGUCCGUAGUAACUGACAGGAACGUGCUUGUGAAUUCCAUCUUUGUUUUGUGUCUGUUCCUAGUCACGUGACCUCUUUUUCAUUAAACAUGGAUCAAA